UGUUUAUCGAUAGUUUAAAACUUAAAAAGCCGAAUAAGUACUGAGUUACUUAUUAAAGUUCUUACUGUAAUAAAACAAUGGACAGAAAUAUUCAAAUAUUGAUACGAUUUCGAAAUCAUAACGAUGAGAGUUAAUUUCGAACAAUAGUAAAAAAUCAAAAUUUUACUAUGGACACGAUGGCACUUGUACAAGAAAAGAAAAAGUUUUUCUGUCGAGAAUGGGCAUUUCAAAAACUAUCCCAUUGUCUGGAUCAACGACCAAUAUCAAAAGCAUGUGGAGCAUUAAUCCUUGGAGGUCCUGGUUCAGGCAAAACAACAUUUUGUGCUGAACUAGUAUGGCCAACACAAGGUCCAAGUGGUCGACAACAACGUGCCCUGAAUCGCCGAUUAUUAGGCUAUCAUUUCUUAGUCGGUCAAAAUGAACAUAGUUUAUUAUUAAGUGAAUUUUUACGAAAUUUAGUUGGACAAAUAUUGAGUUAUAGUACAGAAGGCUUAAAACAAAAAAGUAUUCGGCGUCGUGAGAAACUUGUUAAAUGUACAAGUUUUGAAGCAUCAUCAUUUGUCGGUCCAAAUAAAAUUCAUGAUGAUAUAACUGAGGAAAAUACUGAACGAAAAUGUUUAAAUAUUACUGACGAGCCUUCAACAUCCCAAUGCAGUAAUGAUUUAGCAUCGUUAAACUUAAAUGAUUUAAACGAUGAUCAAAUGACGGGUCGUAAAUUAUUAAAACGUUCGAUAUCGGGUGAAAAUAGUCCAAUUGGAUCUUCAAGUCAAAUUCAACCUAUGAUACCAGCACGACCCAUCAGUCCACGUACCUUAGUUGCAGAUGCAUAUUAUGAAAAACUAUUAAACGACGAUGAAAUACAUCAAGCUUUAAAUCCAGAUAAUAUCGAAAAGAAUCCUGAUGAUUGUUUAAAACGAGCACUUUUAUUUCCAUUACUCGAAAUCGACCCACCAAAACAGUGCUUAUUUUUCAUAAUUGAUUCAAUCGAUGAAGUUGCUUUUACUGAUACAAACUCAACGUUAACGAAACAAAGAACAAAAGAUCGUUGUAAAACUUCACGAACAAUUGCCGAAUUAUUAUCAAAUCAUCAUCAUUUGUUUCCACAAUGGUUACUGUUAGUGUGCACAGCACGAAAACAAAGUAAAAGUAUAUCGAAAAUGUUUACAGGAUUUCGUAAAUUAAGUUUAGAUGAUUUACGUAAAUCGCAAGUUGUACGUGAUGUACAACAGUAUAUUUUAGCACGUUUAGAUCAAGAGAAUUCAUUACGACAACAUAUUAGUCGCGAUACGGCCGAAAUGUUAAAUCAAUUACAUAUUAAAAGUAAUGGUUGUUUUCUUUACUUAGAAAAAGUAUUAGAUGGUGUUUCAGAAAAUUUUAUAAUAUUACGUGAAAUCAAAGAAAUACCGGGAACAUUAAAUGGUUUAUAUUUAUGGUUGUGUCAACGUUUAUUUAAUCGUAAACAAUUUUUUAAAGUAAAACCAUUAUUAAAUGUAAUAUUAGCUGCAAAAUGUCCAAUUACAAAAGAUUUAUUGUACGAUAUUGUUAGAACACAACAAUGGAACAUGACUAUGGAAGAUUUUAAUAAACGAUUUCAUUUAACACGGAAAAUUUUAAAUAUAUCGAAGAAAGGUUUUAUUAGUUUUUUUCAUCAUUCGUUUGCUGAAUGGCUCCUAGAUAUUAAACAUUGUACACAAAAAUAUUUGUGUAAUAUUUAUGAAGGCCACAUCAUGUUAACGAUGUUCUUCUAUUUAAAUGGUAAAAAAUUAUCAAAAAGUGAUAUACACAUAUUUGCAUUUCAUCUAACAAAAGUCGAAUAUUAUUUAAAUCAAAAGUCACCAUGGAAUGAGUCUGCUGUACGUAAUGCUAAUGUACAAUAUGUAAAUAUAACUGAAUUACGUAACGAAGUAAAUGGUAAACUUGAAGAGAACACAAUACAAACGGAUCAACAACUUUGUAAAAAUAACGAUGAAAUAUCAUCCACAGUGAAAAUUAAUUUUAAUGAUUCUUUACCAAGCACAAAUACAGCCAAACCACCAUUACCACCCAAACAAAAAGUGGAUAUUUGUCAAUUGAAUAGUGUUAUAAAAAAUGUUGAUGAUUUACAUACUCUAAUGUUACUAUGGUUAAUCACUAGUGGCGCUGAAGUGGAUACGUGCUUAUUUGAAGAUACAACAGAUCAAGAUUUUAAUUUUGAAUGCCACCUGCCUCGUGAUCCAAAAGUAAUUAAAUUACUAUUAAAUGCUGGAGCUAAAUAUCAAGAGAUUGAAACACAUACCGAUGAUGACGAUCUACAACGAUGUUCAAGUCAAGUAUCACAUUCUACAUCACAAUCGGAACAAAGUCCUGUUGAUCCAUUUUAUGAGUUAAUAUCCGGUAAUGGAAUAUCGUUAAGUCAACAUGAUUGUACGGGUAAAACAUUGUUACAUUGUUUGGCGGCCGAAGGAAAUGCAGCUUUAUUAGCAUUAGCGCUACAGGCUAGCACAGAACCAGUAAAUUUAGAGGCGUCAGAAAGUGGUCAUGGACAGACAGCAUUAAAUGUCGCUGCAAGUCAUGGACAUACAGAGGUUGUACAAAUUUUAUUAACUGCAGGAGCGGAUGUUAAUCAUGCUGAUGCUGAUGGAUGGACGGCAUUACGUGCUGCAGCAUGGGGUGGUCACGUAGAAGUAGUUGAAGCUUUACUUAAACAUGGUUGCUCCGUUGAUUGUAUUGAUGCAGAUCAUAGAACUGCAUUAAGAGCAGCUGCCUGGUCAGGUCAUGAAGAAAUUGUUAAAUUAUUGAUACAACAUGGAGCAGAUGUUAACAAAACGGAUUUAGAAGGGAGAACGGCUUUAAUUGCAGCAGCAUACAUGGGCCAUUCUGAAAUUGUUGAACAUCUGUUAGAUUCUGGCGCAUCAAUUGAUCAUGCUGAUAUGGAUGGACGAACAGCCUUAUCUGUUGCAGCAUUGUGUGUACCUUCAAAUCACGGCUACGCUAAAGUUGUGAGUGUGUUAUUAGAAAGAGGAGCAGAAGUUGAUCAUCAGGAUAAAGAUGGAAUGACUCCAUUAUUAGUAGCAUCUUUUGAAGGGCAUAAAGAUGUUUGUGAAUUAUUAUUGGAGUAUGAAGCUGAUGUUGAUCAUGCAGACAGUACUGGUCGAACCCCUUUAUGGGCUGCUGCAAGUAUGGGUCAUGCUUCUGUUGUAGGUCUUCUAUUGUUUUGGGGAUGCUGUGUUGAUACAAUUGAACCAGCAGGUCGAACUGUUUUAAGUAUGGCUGCUGCUCAAGGCUGUAUAGAAGUUGUGCGACAACUUUUAGAUCGAGGUCUUGAUGAACAGCAUAGAGAUAAUGCUGGAUGGACUCCAUUACAUUACGCAUCUUUUGAAGGCCAUAAAGAUGUUUGUGAAGCAUUGUUAGAGGCUGGUGCCAAAAUUGAUGAAAUUGAUAAUGAUGGGAAAUGUGCACUAAUGCUUGCAGCGCAAGAAGGCCAUACCGAUUUAGUUGAAUUAUUUUUAGUGCAAUAUGGAGCAAAUCCAAAUCAACAUUCUCACGAUGGGAAAACAGCUUUAAGGUUAGCAGCUUUAGAAGGACAUUAUGACGUCGUACGAUUAUUAAUAGCGCAUGGAGCAGAUGUUAAUUUUAAAGAUGCGGAUGGGCGAAGUACAUUGUAUGUGUUAGCGCUUGAUAAUCGUCUACCAAUGGCACGAUAUCUAAUCGAACAUGGCCAAGCAGAUGUUGAGUCCAGAGAUUCAGAGGGACGAACACCAUUACAUGUAAGCUGUUGGCAAGGUCAUUAUGAUAUGGUAUCACUUUUAUUAACUACUGGUGGCGCCGAUGUCAAUGCUUGCGAUGCUGAACAACGAUCUGCCUUACAUUCAGCUAGUUGGCAAGGACAUGCUGACAUUGUGAGAUUAUUAUUAGAGCAUGGUGCAACACCUGAUCAUGCAUGUAAUCAAGGAGCAACAGCUUUAGGUAUAUCAGGCCAACAGGGACAUGAACAAUGCGUUCUAGCGUUAUUACAACAUGGGGCUGAUCCAACUGUAUCUGAUGUUUGUGGACGAAAUGCUUUAAGAGUAGCUCAUAAAUCUGGUCAUUUAGGUGUUGUAAGAUUAUUGCAAGAGUAUGCUAGCAAAACAAAUAUAGGUGGUGUAAUACCAUCUUCUGGUGUUGGUGGCGUUGGCGGUAGUGCUUCUACGGGUAUAUCUUUAUCAACUCCGUUAACCCCAUCUGCAAGUCAUCAUACAACAACUUCUACGACUGGUGUUGGAAAUAGUGGUUCGAAUACAAGUGUAACUUCGGGUUCAACUGCUGAAACAAAACCUUCAUGUGCAGUUUUAUAUCCAGUUGAAUGGGGUGUUUCGGAAUGUAAUACUGGUGUUGGUGGUGUCAGCGGAACAAAUGUAAGCGGACAACAACGAAGAUCUUGUGUUUCAUUAGGAAAUCAUAGCAGUAAUAGUAAAAGUAGCAGUAAUUUGACAGGAUCAAGUCAUAGUAGUAGGCAUGGCGGUGAUAAAAAUAUUAGGGAAGCAAAUUCAACACCUGUUCAACAACCAUUAUCAUUCACACAACAACUACAGCAAUGCAGCCGGGCUAGUAAAAAUCGUCCAGCGAGUAAGUUAUUAUCCCCUUUACAAUCGGAACCACAAAGUCCUAUUUAUGCAUCUCCACCUUUAAGCCCUAAUAUUGAGGAUAUUACCUCAAAUUUUGGUGGAAGUGGGGGUGGUAGUAGUGGUCUUGUGAACAUGUAUCAAUUAUCAUCACAACAUAAGAGUAAUAUAACAUCAUCAUCGGCUGAUACACAUUUUGCACGUGAUACUCAUAUGCGUAUAAUAUUAGGAAAUUCAAAUUUAGGUGUUGGCAAUAGAAAUAUUAAAAAUUCGUUAUCACCAGCACAAGAUAGUGGCAGUAAUAACAUUAGUGGUGGGAGUAGCAGCAAUUCAAAACCUAGACGAAAUGGUAUUGUAACAAAUCCCGCAAUGCGUUUAGUUGCUGGUGUACGUAAUGGUUUUGAUUCAGCAGCAGCAAAUUUACGAAAAAGUACGACAUCAUCAAAUCCAGCAACAAAAACACAUAGUUUUCAAUGGCGUAAGGAAACACCUUUGUGAAAUAUUUAAAUAUAAUUAAUUUUUAAUUGAAUACAAAUCCUAGUCAACCUUUAAAUAUGUGAGU